AUGACUGGUUGUUGCAUACCGGGAUGCAGAAAUAGAAGCGAAAAUAACUUCUAUAUGAAACGUUUUCCAAUAAGUAAAAAACAAAAAAUUAUAUGGUUGAAACAAAUUGGAAGAGAAAACUGGAAACCGAAACAAUAUUCAGCAAUUUGUGAGGUUCAUUUUACUAAAGAAAUGUGGGGAAAACCGCGACAGGAUGGUUCCAAGAAAUUAAAAGCACAAGCAGUGCCAACAAGUUUUCCUUAUACAAAAGUAAUGUCGGAACCUGUCGAUGGAAAACUAAAGAAGUUAAAAUAUAAUAAAAACAACGAUGAAAAUAAUGAAGAACCUACAAGCAUUGUAUUCAAUUGUUCUCAAGUUGUAAGUAAUGUUGAUGAAGAGCAUUCUGCAAUAGAGAAUAAUUCAUGUCCACCAUUUAUUGACAAUAUUGAAGUAUAUGAUCAGAUGAUACAUUGCAAUACUCAUUUAUUAUCGUCAAGUGAAAAUAAUGUAAAUAAUGAGAACACAAAUGUGCCUGCAACUACAUCUUCAUCAAUAUUCAAUGUAACACCAUUUACAUUGGAAUAUGCUUUAGAACAAAUAACAUUAUUACAACAAAAGCUGGAACAUAAAGAAACAGAAGUAAAACAAAUGAAACAACAACUUGAGAUUGCUAAUAAAGUACUUAAGAAAUGUGACAAAACGCGAGAAACUCUCAUGAAUCGUAUUAGACGAUACAGAAGUACAAAUAAGCUACGUGUAGAAAACACUUUGUCACAAUCAACACAGUUACUUCAAAAAGUGUUCAACAAUGAUCAAAUUGAGUGGUUAAAAUCAAAUUCAAGCAAGCGACGUGUGUACAAGUGUUCUAAAAUAACUAUUAAAAAAGCUCUUCGAAUAAAAUUCUCUUGUACUAAUAAUGGUUAUCAAGAACUGAUUAAUCAAAAGAUUCCAUUACCAUCAACACGUACUUUAAGAAGAAGUCUCUACCCUAGGAAUAAUAGAUGA